AUGAGUGCCUGUCCAGGAGGGGAAAAGUCAGGAUUGCCUCCUGUUCACGCAGACCACCCCUUCCGUUCCCCUUGGGGUAGCCACCCUGAAGGUGGGGACUUCAGGCUUUCUCUUGUCUGCUGUUUGGAUGCCUUCAAGAGAAGCCAGUUAGAAGACGCUGAUUGUGGCAGUUCCUCAGAGCCCUCACCAAAUGGCAUUAGCCCAGCAGGUGCUGUCACAGCCCCAAAUUUGGAAGAAAUUAACAGCCAGAAAGGUAUGACAGCACUGCUGCGGGAGGAAGUGUCCCGGCUCCAGGAGGAAGUCCACCUUCUCCGGCAGAUGAAGGAGAUGCUGAUGAAGGACCUGGAGGAGUCGCAGGGCGGCAAGUCCUCCGAGGUCCUCGCGGCCACCGAGCUCAGGGUCCAGCUGGCCCAGAAGGGGCAGGAGCUAGCCAGAGCCAAAGAAGCAUUGCAGGCCAUGAAAGCCGACCGAAAGCGCCUAAAGGGUGAAAAGACAGACCUGGUGAGCCAGAUGCAGCAGCUGUAUGCCACGCUGGAGAGCCGCGAGGAGCAGCUGCGUGACUUCAUCCGCAACUAUGAGCAGCACCGCAAGGAGAGCGAGGACGCCGUCAAAGCCCUGGCCAAGGAGAAGGACCUGCUGGAGCGCGAGAAGUGGGAGCUGCGGCGCCAAGCCAAGGAGGCCACGGACCACGCCACGGCGCUGCGCUCCCAGCUGGACCUCAAGGAUAACCGCAUGAAGGAGCUGGAGGCGGAGCUGGCCAUGGCCAAGCAGUCCUUAGCCACGCUGACCAAGGAUGUCCCCAAGCGGCAUUCACUCGCCAUGCCGGGCGAGACGGUGCUUAAUGGCAACCAGGAGUGGGUGGUGCAGGCGGACCUCCCACUGACCGCAGCCAUCCGGCAGAGCCAGCAGACUCUCUACCACUCACACCCCCCCCACCCUGGGGACCGGCAAGCGGUCAGGGUGAGCCCCUGCCACUCACGGCAGCCCUCCGUCAUCUCCGACGCAUCUGCCGCCGAAGGCGACCGGUCGUCCACGCCAAGCGACAUCAACUCCCCUCGACACCGGACGCACUCCCUCUGCAACGGCGACAGUCCCGGCCCAGUUCAGAAGAACCUGCACAACCCCAUUGUACAGUCACUAGAGGAUCUUGAAGACCAAAAGCGGAAAAAGAAGAAAGAGAAGAUGGGAUUCGGCUCCAUCUCGCGUGUCUUCGCCAGAGGGAAGCAGCGGAAGUCCCUCGACCCCGGCCUCUUUGAUGACUCGGACAGCCAGUGCAGCCCCACGCGACAGAGCCUCAGCCUGUCGGAGGGCGAGGAGCAGACAGACCGGCUGCAGCAGGUGGAGCUGGUCAGGACCACGCCCAUGUCGCACUGGAAGGCCGGCACCGUCCAGGCCUGGCUGGAGGUGGUCAUGGCCAUGCCCAUGUACGUCAAGGCCUGUGCGGAGAACGUCAAGAGUGGGAAGGUGCUGCUGAGCCUGAGUGACGAGGACCUAGAGCUGGGCCUGGGCGUGUGCAGCUCCCUGCACCGGCGCAAGCUCCGGCUGGCCAUUGAGGACUACCGCGACGCCGAGGCAGGCAGGAGCCUGUCCAAAGCCGCUGACCUGGACCAUCACUGGGUGGCCAAGGCCUGGCUGAAUGACAUCGGCCUGUCCCAGUACUCCCAGGCCUUCCAAAACCACCUGGUCGAUGGGCGGAUGCUGAACUCCCUGAUGAAGCGGGACCUGGAGAAGCACCUGAAUGUGUCCAAGAAGUUCCACCAGAUCAGCAUCCUGCUGGGAAUCGAGCUGCUGUACCAAGUGAACUUCAGCAGGGAGGCCCUCCAGGAGCGCCGGGCUCGCUGCGAGACGCAGAACAUAGACCCCGUGGUCUGGACCAACCAGCGGGUGCUCAAGUGGGUGCGAGAUAUCGACCUGAAGGAGUACGCAGACAACCUGACCAACAGUGGUGUCCACGGCGCCGUGCUGGUGCUGGAACCCACGUUCAACGCUGAGGCCAUGGCCACGGCCCUGGGCAUCCCCAGCGGGAAGCACAUUCUCCGGAGGCACCUGGCAGAGGAGAUGAGUGCCAUCUUCCACCCAGCCAACCCCACAGGCAUCCGGGAGGCUGAGGGAUUCGGAACGCCCGCGGGGAGGGCCUCCAGCAUCACCCGGGCGGGGAAGGAGAACAGCGGCGGGAUCAAGUGCAAGGCUGGCCGGCUGCCCCUGGGAAAGAUAGGAAGGGGCUUCAGCAGCAAAGACCCCGAUUUCCACGAUGACUACGGCUCUCUUCAAAACGAAGAUUGCGGAGACGAUGACUCCCAGGGCAGGCCCGAGCAGUGCCGUCUGGAAGGCUACAAUGGCCUGGAGGUCACCAACGUGUAAGGAGCCGAUGCUCCACCAGACCCAACACAGAGAGACCCGGGGAUGAAG